CGGACCCGGCAGCCGCCGGCACUGCUUGCUCGCUCGCCCGCUCGCACUCAGUCGCGCCGCCGAGCCGGCAUGGGAGCUGCGUGCGCCCUCCCGGCCCCCACACCUGUCUGAGCGGCGCGGCGAGCCGGGGCCCUGCCGGGCGACCCGGCGCGGGGUGGUGCUCAGCAUGGCAGGGACCCCAGGGCUUGUCCUCCUCCUCCUCCUCCUCCCCCUCCUCGUCCUCCUCUGUGCUGUUGGGCAGGUGAACCCCUACGGCGCCCACUGGAAACCCACCUGGCCUGCCUACCGCCUCCCCGUGGUCUUACCCCAGUCCACCUUAAACUUGGCCAAGCCACACUUUGGGGCCGAAGCCAAAUUGGAAGUGUCCUCCUCGUGUGGCCCCCAGUGUCAUAAGGGAACUCCACUGCCUACUUAUGAAGAGGCCAAGCAGUACCUGUCCUAUGAAACCCUCUAUGCCAACGGCAGCCGCACCGAGACACAGGUGGGCAUCUAUGUCCUCAGAAGUGGUGAGGGUGAGUCUUCGGGAAAGUCUCGAAGGAAGCGGCAGAUUUAUGGCUACGACAGCAGAUUCAGCAUUUUUGGGAAGGACUUCCUGCUCAACUACCCGUUCUCAACAUCAGUGAAGUUAUCCACAGGCUGCACCGGCACCCUGGUGGCAGAGAAGCACGUCCUCACGGCUGCCCACUGCAUACACGAUGGGAAAACCUACGUGAAAGGAACCCAGAAACUUCGAGUGGGCUUCCUUAAGCCCAAGUUUAAAGAUGGUGGUCGAGGGGCCAACGACUCGAGCUCAGCCGUGCCCGAGAAGAUGAAAUUUCAGUGGAUCCGGGUGAAGCGUACCCAUGUGCCCAAGGGUUGGAUCAAGGGCAAUGCCAAUGACAUUGGCAUGGAUUAUGACUAUGCCCUCCUGGAACUCAAAAAACCCCACAAAAGAAAGUUCAUGAAGAUUGGGGUAAGCCCUCCCGCCAAGCAGCUGCCAGGGGGCAGAAUCCACUUCUCCGGUUAUGACAAUGACCGACCGGGCAACUUGGUAUACCGCUUCUGUGAUGUCAAAGAUGAGACCUAUGACCUGCUGUACCAGCAGUGUGACGCCCAGCCUGGGGCCAGUGGGUCCGGGGUCUACGUGAGGAUGUGGAAGAGACAGCAGCAAAAGUGGGAGCGCAAAAUUAUUGGCAUCUUUUCCGGGCACCAGUGGGUAGACAUGAACGGUUCUCCACAAGAUUUCAACGUGGCUGUUAGAAUCACCCCUCUCAAAUAUGCCCAGAUUUGCUAUUGGAUUAAAGGAAACUACCUGGAUUGUAGGGAGGGGUGACACGGUGUUCCCUUCUGGCCGCUCUUAAUGGUCUUCUAUUUUAGGAGAGGCCAAAUGUUGUCAUUGGGGUGUGUGUGUGUGUGUGUGUGUGUGUGUGUGUGUGUGUGUGUAAUGUGUUAUAAUAUCUUUUACCUAAUUUUUUUAAAUUGCAAGAUGACUGGCUGUAUUAUUUGAAAACUGGUUUGUGUAUCAUAUAUCAUUAAAGCAGUUUGAAGGCAUACUUUUGCAUAGAAAUAAAAAACAUACUGAUGUUUGGGUCAAUAGGGGAGAUUUAGUGAUUAAGUUAAUCUUUCACCUUUUGAGAACUUUGAUUUUUAUUUCAUCUGAACUUGUUUCCAAAGUUUAUAUUAAAUACGUGGCAUAUGGGAGACAUAAAUUCUUA